AUUAGUGGGAUGAAUAGAUGACACAAUUAUAUACACAGAUUUACAUUAAAUAUAUCUCUGGAUACAUGAUUUUAAUUCAUAAAGUCCUCAUAGGCAUUUUAAAUAUUAAUAAUUCGAUUAUUAAGCAUCACUUUAAAAUGGACAGAACCUGGUUUCUAACAAUGAAUGACUCUAUGGAAUAUCACGAGUGUGCUUGAAU